AGGACCGGAAGGGGCGGUUUGUGUUUCUACACGAGCACAAUUGAGUGUGGCAAAAAAAGAGAAAAGUUUUUUAAAUUUGGAAAAGUUUGCUGUGUUGCUUAAAGAAUCUUCUAGUUUGCUGAGGGGAAAUGUCCGAAUUAAGCGACGAGGCCAGCGAGUCGGAGCAGCUGGGGGCCAGCCUCUCUCUCUGGCUGGGAGACUCCCUGCUGCGCCCGGAGGAGCUGGACGUCCCGCUGGACCUGCACACCGCCUGCUCCAUCGGCCAGUACGACGUGGUGGCCGAGUGCAUCAAAAAGCGGGAGGCGGACCUGGACAGGAAGAACCUGGGCGGAUGGACGCCGCUCAUGUACGCCGCCUACAUCGGCCAUGACAACAUCGCCAACCUGCUGCUGGAGGCCGGAGUGAACGUGAACGCCGCCACGCCGAAAGGCCUCACGCCGCUGAUGCUAGCAGCUAGCUGCGGGAACGAAAGCAUAGCCUACUUCCUGCUGCAGGUACAGCAUCCGCCCGCUAAAAACAGCUAUUAAUCCAUAUUAUAUUCAGUUUAAUGUUUUUGUUAGGGACAACGCACAUUAAUUAACUUUUUUAAUGUUAAUUUCCUUUCACCAUAUUUCUUUCUUUUUUCUAAAUUUCUUCCACUGUAUGAAACGCCCCCUGCUGGUGGCUGAGGGGAUUUAACUCUGUAAUCUUUUCUCCUUUUGCUUCAGAAAGUAAAAGUGGGCGAUCGAAACGCCAAAGGAGAGACGGCGCGCGCCCUCGCCAUGUUGUACGGUUACACCAAGAUCGUCGGCCUCAUCGACUCUCGAUCUCCAAGAAUUAAACCAGGACACUUUGGAGACCUGAGCUCCUCGGAGGACUCUGACGGCUCGCCGCCCAGGACCCGGUCCGGCCGCAGCCGGGUCAAAGGCGUCAGCAUCCACGACGGGCCGCAGGCCAUCGCCAAGUUCAGAGUGGGAGGGAAGAGCAAAGCAAGCGAACCGCCCGCUGCGCUGCCCGGCUUCACGCCGUACGGCGAGCAGAGCGAGAGCAUCUGCUACCGGGACGUCACGUCACCCAUCAACGAGCUGGACGGUCAGAGCCACAGCAGCAGAGACGACAGCCCGUUCUUCGAGAGCGACAUGCCCACCAUGAGGAGCAGCAGCAGCAGCAGCGACGGCCUGCCUCACGCGGUCGGACUCAGCUGGGAAGGAUCCGUGGAGAGCAACGAGGACUCGGAUCAGAGCCGGAGGAGCAGCUCCCGCCGGACAAAUAAGACUCACUCCAAAGGAAAGACGCGGCACGCCAACAGCGACGCGGCUCUGUCCGGCGGGACGGGAAACGGCAGCAAACACGCACACGGCGGGCCGCGGCCAUCUUACUCCGGACCGAAGGAUCUGGCAGAGUUCCUGGAGCAAAUCGGCUUCUCCAAAUAUCUCCCACUGCUGGAAGAACAAGACAUCGACCUGCGGAUAUUUCUCACGCUGACGGAGAACGACCUGAAGGAAAUCGGGAUUACGCUGUUUGGUCCCAAACGGAAGAUGACGUCGGCCAUCGCGCGGUGGCACAGCAGCGCGCCGCCGCCCAGCGACGCCCUGGAGCAGGCCUACGCCGACCAGCUGGAAGCAGAGAUGCAGGAAAUGGCCAUCCAGCUCCACAAGCGAUGUGAGGAAAUCGAGAGCCUGGAGAGCCAGGUGUCUCAGGAGAAGGAGCUGCGGACGGUGAUGGAGGGCUGCCUGAUGGAGGACAAAAUGGCCUGGAAGAAGGUCCACUCUGAGCUGGUGGAGAACCACCGGCUGGCUCAGGACAUGAGCGCCACGCUGACCAAGGCCAGGGCCUGCUGGGCCGAGCUGCUGGCCUGCCUCACGGCCGACCGGAGCAGCGGUUCUGACCCGGCAGAGGGGCUGAGUUGUUCCAAUAUGGUGGAGCUCAUGAAGAAGCUGGAGUCCUACCAGGACAAAAUGGCAGGGACUGUGGAAACCCUGCAGCAGAGCCUGAGGCGGCUGAGCGCCCCGGAGAGGGUCUCAGACAGCUGGGAGCGGCCCUAAGCGCGUCAACAGGGUUACUGUGAAUAUUUGACGGAGGGUGAGCCAACCACCCCGAACCGCCGCUGGAGGACAGUCACAGCGCCGCAGCGAGCCGAGCAGCACCAGCUGCCUCUGAUUGGCUACCUGUUGGCCGCCUCUGAUUGGCUGAAGGACCUGCGCUUGCCCAGUGGAGAGCGGGAGCAACUCAGCUGCUGCAGGGAAACGACAAGCAGGCAGGAAGAGGUCAUGACCCGGACCGCCUGUGCUGGUGUGUUGCACUCAGCGUGCAAAGGCACAGAGAGGAAAGGAGGAAGAAAUGAUGGAAAAUUAAAUUUAAUGUUUGUCUUAGUUUUAGUGAA